UCUUUUCUCGUAACGCUCGCUUCUUCUUCUUCUGUUCUUCCUCCUAGGGCUUCGCACUCUCUCUCUCUCUCUCUCUUCUGCAAGCUCUUGUGAAAAAAUGACCACUAUGCCCCCCACUCUCUCUCCUUCUCGCACCACUUGCGCUUCUCUCCUCCACGAAUUGCAGAUAAUAUGGAAUGAAAUUGGGGAGAGUGACAGCGAAAGGGAUAAGAUGCUCCUGCAACUUGAGCAAGAGUGCCUUGACAUUUACCGAAAGAAGGUUGAAAAAACAAGAAAGUACAAGGCUGACUUGCAUCAGUCAUUGGUUGAGUCUGAAGCCGAAAUUGCCAAUAUUGUCUCUGCCCUCGGGGAACAUGCCUCCUUUUCACGGGGAAGGGGCACUCUUAAGGAGCAAAUAUCUGCCAUAAAACCAACUUUGGAGGAGUUAAGGUCAAAGAAGCAAGAAAGAAUCAAGGAAUUUUCAGAAAUCCAGUCACAGAUUGUUCACAUCUGUGCUGAAAUAUCAGGACAUGGUCAAUCUAACAGUUCUUCUGAUCCACAAGUUAAUGAACAUGAUCUCACAGUGAAGAAGUUGGGGGAGUUUAAGUCUCACCUUCAGGAACUUCAGAAUGAAAAGAUUUUCCGAUUACAAAAGGUCAAUAGCCAUGUUAAUACUGUCCGGGAGCUAGCAGUUGUGAUGUCAAUUGAUUUUUCUAAGACAGUUAAUGAAGUGCACCCAAGUUUGAGUGAUACCUCAGGUCAUCAAUCAAAGAACAUCAGCAAUGAUACCCUUGCUAGAUUAACGGGUGUGAUGCACUCACUAAAGCAGGAGAAACAACAAAGGCUACAAAAGCUGAAAGAUCUUGGGAGGACACUGACUGAUCUAUGGAAUCUCAUGGACACACCAGUUGAUGAGCAAAAACGAUUUGGACAUGUGAUCAGUGUAAUUUCUUCCUCAGUUGAUGAGGUGUCAAGGCAAGGAUGCCUUGCUCUGGAUGUCAUUGAACAGACUGAGAUAGAAGUUGCGCAAUUGAAUGUCCUGAAAUCUGGAAAGAUGAAGGAAUUGGUGUUUAAGAGGCAAAAUGAGCUGGAAGAGAUCUACAGAGGGGUUCAUCAGGAUGUAGAUAGUGAUGCAGCACGACAGAUUCUCACCAACCUGAUAGAUUCUGGUAAUGUGGAUCUGUCGGAUCUUCUUUCUAGUAUGGAUGAUCAGAUUGUAAAAGCCAAAGAGCAAGCUGUAAGCAGGAAGGAUAUAUUGGACAAGGUAGAGAAAUGGAGAUACGCAACUGACGAGGAGAAUUGGCUUGAAGAAUACGAAAGGGAUGAAAAUCGAUAUAGUGCUGGAAGAGGAGCACACAAAAAUCUGAAACGUGCUGAGAAAGCACGUAAUUUGGUCGGCAAAAUACCAGCUGUUGUCGACAAUUUGACUGCAAAAGUAAAAGCCUGGGAGGUGGAGAAAGGAAUCCCUUUCUUAUAUGACAAGGUUCCCAUCUUAAGUAGCUUGGAAGAAUAUAUUGUGCUACGCCAGGAGAGAGAAGAGGAAAGGCGUAAAUCUCGGGAGCAGAAACGGCUGCAAGAGCAACUUGCUGCAGAACAAGAGGCACUCUUUGGUUCAAGGCCAACACCAAAGAAGCCUCUGGGUCAAAACACUAGUAUUAACACCAUGGCUGGAACACCCCUUGGUCGUCGCGUGUCAACUCCUUCAGGCCGCCCUGGAAUAUCAACUGGAAAGGAACGUAGAGAGAGUGUCAGGAACAUAAUUCCUGUAAAUUACGUUGCUCUUCCAAAGGAUGAUUCAUCAGUAUCUCGGGGCAGUUAGGCUACUCGUUUUUUUUCCUGAUUGUAAAUGAGUCUCUUCUUUCAUUAAAUGCAUGACCUCAUUGUAAGUUCUUAUUUUCUGUACCGAACUUUAGAAAAACAGUUUUUUUUUUUUUUUCCUUCUCAUAUGAUGAAAGUACAAAAUUGGAUCAGCCAGAAUAAAAACAUGCUAAGGCCUUUGGUGAAA